AUGAGUUACACUGAAAUAUGCGACAAGUUCGACAUCGUUCAAGGACAUAUGGAAAAGAGUUCAAAGACUCUGACGUCAAUUUGCAGCUUUUUCAAGCAGUAUUCUAAUAUUCUUGAUAUACUCAACAACAUUAUAUAUUCAGAAUUUUUUCAAUAAAGCACUUUUUACCAGUCCCCCCAAAUUACCAUAUUUUCAGUGAUAGCUUGAUAAAUCUCGAAGCGUCCUUCCAAGAAAGCUUACCCAAAGAAGGAACCAUGGACACUCUUUCUAUGUCAAUCUGCUCCCUAAGCUCUCACAUCAAAAAAAUCAUUAACUCCACCAACACUUUUGCAAGAAAUAUGCAGCUUGACAUAAUUGAGCCUCUCGAACAAUUUGCAGACCAAUUUCAACAAGCUAAUGUAAAUGAUAUAAGGAAAGGUCUUGCUAUUACAAAAGAGCUUCAAAAAGCAAGGGAACAAAUGGAGAAAAUCCGAUACCAGUAUUACAGCACUUCUUCAUUAGCAGAAAAAGCCAAUAAAAGAGUAUAAGAUUUUCCCCUAUAUCUGUCCGGAAUCCUUUGGUUUGGUGGAACAAUUGGUCGGACCAACUCACUUGUUGGUUCCAGCAACCAAAGGAUUCCGGACAGAAUCCACAGACCUUAUAGGGCUAUAUAGGAAAAAAACCCUAUAAGAACUUUGAGCUCAGAUGAUGCUGAUCAAGAGCUCAAAGAAAAUGCCCAACGUGAUCUGAUUUAUCAUAGGGACCACGUCUCACAAGAAUGCAAAUAUUACAUGCAAGCAGUCUCUGCUACUAAUGAAGUCUGAAACAAAUACGAUAAAUCUAUGCCUCAGAUUAUGGAAUCUUUGCAGCAAAGUGACGAAAGCAAGAUACAUUUUAUUAUAGGAAUUGCGCGAGGAUGGCGCUAUCUUGCGCCAUCCUCGGGCAAUUCAAAAAAUGGCCCAACACCGGGAAUCGAACCCACGUGUGGGGCCAUUUUUGGUGCGUGUAAGUCGAUGUUGGCCACACACCAAAAAUAGCCCCACACGUGGGUUCGAUUCCCGGUGUGGGGCCAUUUUUGAAUUGCCCGAGGAUGGCGCAAGAUAGCGCCAUCCUCGGGCAAUUGCUAUAAGUCUUCGUUAGAAAGAUAUGUGAAACACUAUCAGAAACAUCAGAAUUAUUGCAUAGAUAUUAUAGAAGAAGUGAAUAGCAUUGUGGGGAAUAUUAAUAGUAAUAUUGACAUUAUGGUGUUUGUGGAUUCCAAUAAAUCAAAGGACUCUGGACCGAAUAGAGAAGAGUUUGUAAGCUACGAGGAUUGAAGUAAAAGGAGGAAUGAGGUGUUUUUAAAGGUGAAUAGUGAAGUUCCGGAUACUGAAAACCCUGAUUUUGAACAUAUUUUGAAGGUCGUAAACUUUUUGAUUCCAGAGUCUGAGGAAGAAAUAGAUCCUGAGGCUAGCUUAUUUGAAUCGUCACAUUUCUUAUACUAAAUAUAUUGAAUAAUUAUAUUUUUAUCUUAUUUUCAUUGUUAUUUACUAAUUUAUAUAAGGGAUAAGAUUUUCAAGAAUAUUAAGCACUAUUGAAGGGAGAACCAAUUUUUUUGAUAUUUUAGAUACAAAACGGCACAAAGGAGAGCUAUCAAAUGAAAAAAUCGAAAAACUUUCACAAUUUAUAAAAGAAGCCUUGACAGGAAUCAUCCAUGACAAUUCUCAAGAAGCCGUGGAAUUUAUCAGGAUUUUGAUAUUUUCCCGCAGUUUUUACACAAUCGACAAUAAUCAGAAAAGAGUUUACCUUUGUUCUUAUAUUCAUCACCAAAUAUUUUUAGAUCGAGUCAGAUGAAUUCAAGCAAUGGAUUAUGCAAUUUCUGAUAGGCUGGAAUCUAAUAAAGAAGCAAUAGAAAAAAACCGAUCAAAAAUAAAGGAUUCUGGAAUAUUGGGGACUUUAAAACAGAUUGCGAAUAAAAUUCCUUUCCAAAAGGACCCAGAGCUUGAAAGGGCUGAAAAAUCAGCAGCUUUUACUAUAAUCAGCCAAUAUAGCAAUCAUAUGUUAAGGUUAGGAGUUUCACUAGAAAUGGCAAAUUGUAUAAUACUCAACUUAUCUAAAAAAUACAAUAUGGAUUAUGAAAGGACAUGCUUACUCCUUUCAGAAAUACAGGCUAACCAAAAAUCGUAUAAAAUUCUGGCUAAAAUGAAAAAAGAUUCAUUAAAGCGCUUAAAUAAAUGGGGAAAUCUGCUGCCAAUAGCUCUUUCUUUGGAUUGACUGAUGCCUGAAGAGACAACCUCAGCCCUCCAAGUCUGCAAAUCUUGGAAAAUGGCAUUCAGAAACCGUAUUGAAAAGCGUCUCCUGAUUCGAAGCAGCUUGUGCUAUAAUUUGAGAAUCUAUAUGGAUUGCUCAAGUCUUAAGAUUUACCGUUCAAGUGGGGGAAUUUGUUUAGUUAGCUACAAUUGGCUACCCAUUUCUCAAUUUUAAUAUAUCUAUAAGAUACUGUAGAUUUGCCAAGUUCGUUUGCUGAUCAAACACUUGGACGGUGAAUCUUUAGGAUUUAGCGAUCCAUACAGUUGCUUAAGCUAUACUCUAAAAAAAUGGAGCUUCGCAAUAAAAUCUGAAUAGAUUCUUUAAAAACAGGCUCCAGCUCUAUUAUUUAUGAUGUAUUUCUAUCAAGAGGUAAUCAAAUGGAUGGCAGAAGUGGCAUGAAUGACGUUAUUGAGAUGGAUGUUCUCAGAUCUUUCCAAAAUAACUCAAUAGUUACACAGGAUAUCUUAAGAAGAUUGCUUAUUCCCCCUCAGUGAGCGAACAAAACCUUGGAAAAAUCAAUAUUUUUGCCCAAAAAACCCACUCUCCGUGAGCCAAAAAAAAUUGUUUUAAUAUAAAAUUGAUAUAUAAGUGAUAAUUAUUAUAAUGAAAUCUCGAGCUAAUUCUAUUUAUUUUAAACAGCUUGUAUUUUAAAACAUAAAUUUUACAAAUUAAAUUAAUUUUUACUUCUCAAUAUUUACAAAUUGGAAAUUUUUAAAUUUUGAAAAAAAAUUAUAUAUAAAUUUAUUUUAAAAAAAAUAUUUUAUCUCCCUCUAUGAGUGAAAAAAAAUUAUUUGUUUGUUCACGGAGAGGGGAGUUAGAGCUUAUGCUGCGUUUAAUCCUGAAGUAGGCUACUGCCAAGGGAUGAAUUUUAUAGCAGGAACCCUUUAUUUGCAGCUGCAAGAUGAUUAGAUUAAGUUAGAUUCUAGUAGGUCUCUGGGGAUUAAUCCAGCCCCUCACCAUCCAAAGGCCUCAGGCCAAGGUGGUCCUAAGCACAGGCGUAGCAUCACGCCCUUUUUCUGUCGACGUGCGAUAUAAGACUUUCUUAACUCUGGUGGUGCUUAGGACAUGGCAGAAGCACCCACUGCUCCAUUCUGGACUACCCUGCUUUAUCCAGGCAAAAAAUUACUUUCCAGAAGUACGACACGAUUUUGUGUUUCGGUAUGUCGAUUUGAGCAGAAGAAAAAAGCCGAUUGUGGAGUCCCGACUAGACAAAACCCACCCCGGGCUUCCUAAAAGCAUGAUCCACUUAUCUGCGGCUGAAACCAACUCAUCAUCACCCUGGGCCUAAUCACCUAUCACCAUCUUGUAAAAAGUGCUUCAGAUGAAGAAAUUGUAUUUAAAUGCUUAAUUGGACUGAUUGAAAAAUAUCAAAUGAAAGCCCUCUUUAAGCAUAAUCUACCCAAAUUGAGGCAGUUUUUCUAUCAGUUAGAUAGGCUAAUUGGGCUUAUGCUCCCUGAAGUUCAUGAAAUUUUGAACGAAAUAGGUAUAAACUCAGCUCAUUUUAGCUCAUCAUGAUUUCUCACUCUAUUUGCCAGCAUUUUACAAAGUAAAACUGAUAUUUUGUUAGCUAUAUGAGACUUGUUUGUAUUAGAAGGCUGGAAAGCUAUUUUUAAAUGCGCGAUUACGAUCCUUAAAAGAGUUUCAGUUGCUUUUAAAGAGAUAAGGUUUGAAGAAAUAAUGCUUGUAAUAACAACAAUAAGCCAGCCCACAUGUCCGAUACAAAUUUUUGAUGACAGUUUUAUUAGAGACGUAAAUGAGACAAAAAUAUCGACAGCUUUGCUGGAUGAAUUAGAGGCAGAGUAUGAAGAAUUGAGAGUUAAAGCGAUAAAUAAACACAAAUAA